UCCCCAAUAAACUACUAUUUAUAGAAUGCUCUACCAUAAUCGGACAUUACUGACAUAAUAUAAUUAUUUAAUUUUAAUUAUGAAAUUAACAAUGACACAUGAAAACACACAAAUGAAAUAAUGAUAGCAAACAGAGUUAACACAUUGAUUAUCAUCCAUCUCCAUCUAAGACACAUCCAAAGGCCAGCCUUGUUUAAAAUGAUUGCAAACACAUGCUACUCCUCCUGGUUCCUCCACACAUGAGUCUUGCCCCUCUUCUCCAUUCCACCACUUUUACGUCAAACACACACACACACACACACUUCCUCAAGAACACGAACCCAACAAUUCACACAACAGAAACAAAGUAACACAGAGAUACUUCGAGACACAGGGUUGGGGAGAAGCAAAUUUCUUGUGAUCACUCAUCACUGUGUGAAUUACACACACACAGCAACGUAAUUCUCCCCUUCAUGCCCACAAACACACACUCACAUAUAUAUAAGACCUGAGAGAGAGAGAGAGAGAGAGAGAGAGAGAGAGAGAGAGAGAGAGAGAGAGUUUUUAUCUGGGCUAGGUGUUUUUUCUUUUACAGAGAUAGGGAGUGAGCGAAAUGAUGCAGGAAGGGGGAUCAUCGUCGUUGACGGCAGCGGGGGAAGGAGGAGGGAGGAGGAAGCCGUCGUGGAGAGAGAAAGAGAAUAAUCGGAGGAGGGAGCGACGGCGGAGAGCGAUUGCGGCGAAUAUAUAUAAUGGGUUGAGAGCACAGGGGAACUACAAUUUGCCUAAACAUUGUGAUAACAAUGAGGUUUUGAAAGCACUUUGUCAAGAAGCUGGUUGGGUUGUUCUUCCUGAUGGCACCACCUUUCGUAAGGGUUCGAAGCCACCACUACCUUCCAUCGAAACCGGCGGCACAUCCACCACUACGACGCCGUGUUCUUCCCAGAAACCAAGUCCGCCGUCUUCAUCGUUUCCGAGUCCGAUCCCUUCAUAUCAAUGCAGCCCAUCAUCUUCAUCGUUCCCAAGUCCAUCAAGUAACCCAUUUGCAUUUCUUCGAAACACCAUUCCAUCUUCUCUCCCACCUCUCCGGAUCUCCAACAGUGCCCCUGUAACUCCACCUCUCUCAUCUCCAACUUCAAAGUGUCCUAAACCCAACAAUCUCAACUGGGAAUCGUUCACAAAACAAUCGAUUUCCUCAUUCAAUUUGCCAUUUUUUGCGUCGUCUGCGCCUACAAGCCCUACCAGGUCCCACCGCUUCACACCUGCAACUAUCCCGGAGUGUGAUGAAUCUGAUUGCUCCACCAUUGAUUCAUGCCAAUGGUUGCGAUUCAAGAACUAUGAACCGAUGGCGAUGACAAACCCCAACUCCCCGACUUAUAACUUGGUGAAACCGGUGGCUAGAGCUACCGCUGCCAUGGAUGCGAGCUCGGAGAAAGGUAAAGGGAUGGAAUUCGAGUUUGAGAAUGGAGGAGUGAAAGCAUGGGAAGGCGAGAGGAUUCAUGAUGUUGGAGUCGAUGAUCUUGAACUCACUCUUGGAAGUGGGAAUUCUAAAAUAUAAUGUGUGUGUGUGUGUUUGUUUUAAAGAUUGAAGUUAGCAACUUAAGCAUGGCAGUGAACAGUUCUUGAAGAUGCACAUUAAAUAUUGAGUAGAAAUUAUGAUAUUUUAUAUGAAUUUCUUUUUUCAUUCUUUUUUUCGAUCAUUAUGUUGGAUGAUUGAAGACCCAAUUUACAUUUGUGAGAAAGAUUGAAUCUUUUCAAAAGUUUGAUGAAAAAGUGUCAAUUGGUGCUGUGUUGUUUGCUUUCUUGUAAAAGUUUAUUCUCUUUUCUGGCCUUUGGUAGAAGAUGCAUAACCCGAAUGAUUAAGAAUUUGUUGUGUC